CUCGGGCUUCCAACCACAUCAAUAAUGUCUUCAGAAACUAGCCCACCACCUGACCCAGAAUUUCUUGCUGCAGCAGCUCAACGCCGCAGUGUCACGACAGGACAAGCAAUUCCUACUGCUGAACUCCUUCGACAACAUGAGGAACGGCAGAAGUUUCGACGUCUGAUAAAUCCUGGAAUCUCUCGGCCUAACUCCCAAGAAGCGGCGAUGGCUUCCUUGAAGAUAUUAUCAAAGAUCUCUGAGAACCUGAUACGAGAGCCUGAAAACCCCAAAUUCCGGCAGUUUAAACCAACAAAUGAUACGAUCAGACGGCACCUGAUUGAAACUAAGGGUGCGCUCGAGUAUGCAAUCGAGAUGGGGUUUCGUCCGGAGGUUAAGGAGUUUCAGCCCCUCUACGUCUGGAAUGAGCACAAAAGCGAAGAAUUGCGCCUGGGCGCUCAAAUAUUACAAGAGACUAUAGAACUGGCUGAGCAAAAAUCAGCCAGGUCUCAGAAAAAUGUGGCUGAAGCGAAGGCUGCUGCUGAGGCUGCCACACAAAAAGCUCUACUGGCUUUCAUGGAUGACCGCAAAACCAAGAUGCUUCGUGACCAACGCGAUCGCCAUAAUCGCGAAGUUCGAGCUCAUCACUCUCCAAGUGUAGACCGCGAAGGAGCUACAUCCCCUUCCUCGCCGCCCUCCAAUGCAGAAAUGCCAGGCAGUGGUCACGUCUUGUCGUCACCUGACCCUGUAGUAGAUGAACCUCCCCCAUACCGAGACUGACAGUUUUUAAUCCCUGCCGAUCUAAUAUGCUCUCAUUUACGCUGACCGACGGUCAAGCAUUAUUGUAUGAAUCGAUUAAUUUGUAGCAACAC